AUGAUGGCGCCCUUCGUCAGGGCAUUCCCUAUGGCGCGCUGCAGCUUUUGCCACGUCCCACGCUCUGCCACUCGAUUAGUACCACUCACAACCCCACGACUAUCUUCCUACGAUCCUUCCUCGCAACGACAGCAUCGAUACAUAUCCAGCUCUCGGUCAUCCUGGAGACGGAAUACUGAUUUCAAUUCUGGUUUCAGUAGUAGCUAUGACCCAUCAGGCGAUGCUGGGCGGGGGCCAAUGUUCAACAAGACCAACUUUGGUGUACCACAGUUCUACCCCCGCGAUCUCAAAAAGCGAGUAGACGACUAUGUUGUUGGUCAAGACAGGGCCAAGAAGACAAUAUGUGCGACAAUAUUCAACCAUUACCAGAGUCUGCGUCGAAGACAUCAGCAUGAUCAUGAAGACCGGAAUAGGCGUGAUAAGGUAAUGCGCCAGAGAUUCGCAAGGGAUAAGGAGCUGCAUCAGAAGCGUCGCGAGAUGCACCCCGUUGAAGGUCAGCGUGCACGUGGUUCUGUUCCUGAGCGCUACGACGCUGAUACUAUUGAAGAUGAGUUCCCUGGACACAACGACUCGGUUCGUGGGCUUCAUGAUAGUCAUGACUUCGAUGACGAUCCUAUGGAUCAUCUUUACGUUGCUGAAGACAUAACGGUCCCUGAGCAUGUCAAGAUCGAUAAGAGCAACCUGCUUUUGAUCGGGCCAACUGGCGUUGGCAAGACCUAUAUCCUAGAAACUCUUAGCAAGAAGAUCAACGUGCCCUUCUCAAUCUGCGACUGCAACUCCUUUACACAAGCUGGCUACAUCGGCCAAGACGUGGAGACAUGUAUUGAACGACUUCUCAUUGAAUCAAAUUACGACAUUAAAGCAACAGAGCAUGGCAUUGUUGUAUUAGACGAGUUUGACAAGAUCGCGAGACGUGAGACGACCACUGGCCGAGAUGUCGGGGGCGAGGGUGUUCAACAGGCUUUACUCAAGCUCGUUGAAGGGACUAAGGUCACCGUCAAUGUCAAGGACAACCGAUCAUCACGGUCGACGCCGCCUAUCACUACGAACUACAACGCAUCAGGGUCAUCUUCCUCUACUCCUCAGGCAACUCCCCCAGGUGGUAAAGUUGACCAGUACACUAUCGACACCACAAAUAUCCUCUUUGUGUUCUGCGGCGCAUUCGUAGGUCUGGACAAGGCUGUACUCAAGAGAGUUGCUAGGCCGACGAUGGGCUUUGGUGGAGAGCUUCGAGGUCGCUCUACCAUGUCCGGAAACAAGCAGAGUCUACCAGCAGAGACAUAUACGCACUUGCCUCAUCACAACCCUCAAUCCGCCUCCUCGUUUACACCCCUGGAUCUUACCACGCCGGCUGAUUUACAGACUUUUGGUUUCAUUCCCGAGUUAAUUGGACGGCUGCAUAACAUUUGUGCUCUUAGCCCACUAUCCAAGGAAGAUCUCUUCCGCAUCCUGACCGAACCCAGAAACAGCCUUGUUGCUCAGUAUACAGCACUUUUUGAGACGUACCCUUCGCGUUUGUUCUUUACGGAGAAAGCAUUGUAUGCCAUCGCUGAGCGGGCUGCAGCCUCGGAGACCGGAGCGAGAGGCUUGAAGAUGGAAAUGGAACGGGUUCUAGCAGAGCCCAUGUUUGACGCCCCAAUGCCCUACGUUCUCAUUACAGAAGCAUGCGUAAAGGGUACAGACAAGGCAGGGUACUGGGGCAAGGACGGUAGAUUUGAACUAGAUAGGAGGAUGCAGGCGGAGGAAAUUCAUCCCACGAAAGCAGAGCCAGACAAUACCUUUGAAAGGUAUCGAGAGGCUGGACAGAGUGGUGGAUAA